ACCAUCUGUGUGUGAAAGUUCAAUGGCGGAAAUCACACAGAAAAGCGUAAAAGGAAAUUACACACUGACAAACUCUGGACAAUUGCGAUGCCAAGGUUCACGAUCAAAUCAUUGCAUUUCAAAAUCUCUUUUUCUUCAAUGUAACUUUCUUUUCCCCUGUUUGGUUCUUGAGAACACGUGGGAAAAUAAAAUUACUAAAUUUUGAAGCUUGUACACAAAUCCACCGCUCAAACGAAUUAAAGACACUACUAUUCGGCUUCUCCGAGUUCAUUCUUUCUUUCAUUGGCGAUACAAACAGCACAUUGCCCAAUAAGGUUCAAUCAGUUACGUUUCUUUCGUUUUCUUACUCAGUUCUUAGCAACCAAAUAAAGGGUUUCUAUUUAACUGUUAAUAAAUUACUUUCUUUAUAUAUACACAUAUAUGCAUACAUUUAUGUUUGUAUAGGUUAUGAUAAUGGCCGACAUUGGUAAUACAUUGAAGCCUCCACCCUUUGCUGCUCGUAAUUUUACCAUGCAUUUGGGGAAUUUGGGUGUGACGCGAAAAGAAGGGAGAUAACUGGUAUUCAACGCGACCCUCCUUUUCCUGGGCUCAAAACUGUUUGUGCAAGGACAAGGGCAUGAUAUGAUUGUGGUAUGAAAUGCCAUUUUUGGUGACUACUUGCUUGUUGAAACGGUUGCCGUCAUUACAAAGCAGUAGAUGAACGACACCUGUCUCAUAAAUAUAUGAGAGCAGUGCUCUUCAUGGACAUGGAGGACAACACAUCUUCUGAUUCUUCAGUCAACAAUUCUGAGGUUUUGACAAGUGAAGCAGCUUUCACAAAUGUGGGGAAUUCGGUUCUGAUUGCCACCAUACAAGACUUUACGCCAUUCCUAAUCCCCAUUGAUGCAGGACAGGAUAUUAUUUUGAGGUUAACUUCAUUUUGCCAAACUCGCAAUCAAGUUGUUUACAUUCUUUCUGCUGUUGGGUAUGUUAUUCAUCCAAGUAUUCACGUCUUCAACCGCCGUCUAACAUUUGAGUGUUACACAAUGCAACCCAUUGUUCAUUCGAUUGCGGUUAUUGGGGAUGCAUCAAAGAGGCUCCAGCCUAAUAAACUACUUUUAUUGGUAUCUGAUAUAGUUCGUUUAGAUAUACUUGAUUAA